AUGGCACAAGGCUCACAGGCUUCCAUUGUUAAGGUCGCUGGCGCGGGGUUUCGGCUUUCACUGCUCCUUAAUGCUGCGGCUUGUCAACUAGCUCAGUCAAGACUGGAAAUUCAUAGUAUCGCCAAGGGAAUCUCGCUUUAUGCUCUCGCACUCAAACAGGUUGGGCAGACCAUUGAGGGCACAGAUGUGGACCAGUCCUCAGAGGCAACAGAGAAGGUCUGGGAGAUUGCUGAACAAGGCCAGUUGAUCUUGAUUGAAAUCGAACACAUGCUGGACAAGCUGAAGGUAACCGACAACGACAAUGAUCUUAUGAGGAUCCCACUUCAGGAGAGACUUAAAUGGUGUUUCCGGAAGCAUCAUGUCACUUAUUUGCUCGCCCAGUUGGAAUCGCUCAAGCUCAGCCUGAUUGUGAUGCUACAAAUCCUACAGCUUGGAAAAGUUGUCAAAUCCAGCGUGGACAAGGGAGUUAAGGUUGAGUCCCUUACACCCACCGCCGAUGAUACGAUUGCCCAGGAGAAAGCAGAAUCUCAGAACAUGAUUAUCGUUCGAUAUUGGUCUAUCAAACGCCUCGAUCGCUUGUGGGAUCUUGUGGAACAGGAGAAUUUGGAUGCCCCCAAUGACCCGACAAACCAGAGAAUCAGGUUUAACUACUCGUCCAACUUGACAUCGGCAUGGAAACCACUGGCUGCCGCAACCAGACGCUCGGAUCCGACACGACUGCCUAUCGUUACUUUUGGAGACAGUGACGUGGGACUGAGUGAUGUGGAAAGAUCUUCAAAGGAUAUGGUUCAGCUAUCCGAGAGCACACUGAACCGGCUGCUUUUACUCUGGGUGCCUUUGGUUGAUCCUUCAAAACUUCAUCACGCCGGCAAAGGCUUCAACAAAUCCAACAAGUUGAUCCACCCUCGAGUCUACGUCUUUUCAGACACUGAAGAAGAUGAUGUGGAGGGGCUAGACUUUGAUAGUCACGGAGUCCGAGGUUACUACCUCGAAGGAUCAACAGUAGACUGGAGACACCCUCAUUCACAAGAGGCCCGACGGCAUGCAGCAGAGCUACGCCAAAAGUACUCCAGCUACCAGGCUCGUGUAGAAAGCGAACUAGAGCCCGAUGAAUUCAAGCAUCGAGAUUGCCCUCACAGCAACUCGGGAGUCACCAACUCAAGUGACGAAGACGAGCAAAGAUCCGACCCUCUUCGACCCUCCCACAGCACCUACCCCAUCCCAGGCCGCCAUUUCCAUUCCAACAGUGUCUCUUCCUAUCCUCCGAGUCACAAUAAUUUCAACAGCAGAUCCCCAACAUACCCAAGCGGUAGCUCCCCACCCCUUAAUCAUGCUCUGCAUCCUCCACCACUACCUUCACAAACACAACCUGGACCUCCCCAGCCGCCAUACAAAUACUACGAAAACCAAGACUACACUAUAGCCCCCGGAUCCAUCCCAAUGAACGUGAACCAGCCCCAAAGCCCAGCUAUCAAUAUUCCCAACACCCAUUCCUCUCCUAGAGGCCCAUCGCCAAACCAAGUCCACUCCGAUACUCGCUGGGCUCGAAAUCAGGCAUAUAAUAUUAUCGCUAACAACAAACUCCAACCGCGCCACCAUCCAUCCGCAUACCCACUUUCUUCUUCAUCUCCCGAAUCUAGCUUCCGGCCCUCGCCAUCUCGCCGAUUUUCGCGCGAAGAUGCCAAGGAUCGACAUAAGUCGUUGACUCGUAAUGCUACAAGGGGAUUGGCGGGUAUCGGAGCUAUUGCUGGGUUUCUGGAUGCCUUGGAGGUGUUUUCAAUCCUGUGA